AUGCCGAGGCAGCAAAGAAAGAAGCGCACUCCUGUCUCCUGCGAGGCGUGCAGGGAGCGAAAGAUUCGCUGCACACGAGACGGACCGCCCUGCGCGACAUGCAUCCACAGGCGUGUUCCUCUGGGGCACUGUAUUUAUAGCGUCGGGUCAGGACAUUCACCACUCCAAUCUGCACCAGCACACGCUGCGCGUCCACCGGAAAGCAGUCACGCGGUGGACGACAAUUCCCUAGCAUCCAGGGUUGAGGCUCUGGAAAGGAUUGUCCGCCUUCAACCGACGCCCGGGUCGGCGGCCGGCACGGCGUCCCUCUCGACGGGGGAUGCGGACAUGGCACCCGUGGCCUCCGGCUUAAAGGAGCCUUGCCCCGGCCCUUGCAACUCGGACCAAACCGGCACCCUGAUAACGUCGAGUUCGGGCCAUGUCCGCUUUCUUCCCGUCGCGUCUACUUGGAAUAUAAUUCAAGGCGCGUCGCCCGAUGUCUCGUUGCCGGAUCAGGGAAAUACCGUCACUGACACGCCGGGCGCGCCGUAUCCCUUCUCCCGCCGCAAUGCUGAGAGCCAGUCUGCCAUCUUGGCCAUGCUUCCUCCGCCGGAAUUCUGCCACCGUCUUAAAGACGUCUACUUCCAGGCCGUCGGCCCCAUAUUCCCCAUCAUCCACGCGCCCAGGUUCUCCAAGAGGUACCAUCGAUUCACCUCCGAUGCCGAAGGUGCUCCGAUGGAAUGGCUAGCCCUUCUCUUUGCGGUGCUCGGAACAGCCGUCUUGGCCGUCGACAUGGACAGCCCGCUGCUGCCUUCGCUGAGCCGCAAGGACACCGUCCUGGGCCGCGUGACGCAGCUCUCGGAAAGAUACUACUCGGCUGCAAUAAAGUGCCUAGACAUGGACCACUACCUAUGGCGUCACAACUUGACCACUCUCCAAACUCUCCUCCUGAUCAUCUACGGAAUCCACCACAGCCGCGGGCAGACCUGGACACUGCUCGGGCUCGCAUACCACCUCGCGCUCUCUGUUGGCUGCCACGUCGACCCUUCUGCCUUUUCCCUCGACACCGUGUCCUGUGAGGAGCGCCGGCGGUCCUGGCUCGCUCUCAUGAUGCUCCUCUGCAACCAAAACAUGUCCAUGGCAGGCUUCGACAUCCUCCACACGGCAAAGUCCUUCUCUAUCCAGUUGCCAGCGGAAGCGCUGGACCAGGACUUACCCGACGGAGCACACCCGCCCCCUGGGCAAGCCGGCCUCACCCCCGUCGGCUACUUCAUCCGCAAAUACCGCCUGUUCCAACUAUCCUCCGAAAUCUGCAGUCUGUCCCCGGCGAAGCAGCAGGCGGACCCUACGCUGCUGCGGAGGCUCGACGCCGCCCUCCGCCUCGAGCAAGACCGGCUGACGCAAAUCCGCGACAACGCGUCUGGCGCAUCGGACGUCUUCAGAAACCUGCUGCUCAGCUUCUCGCACCACUUGAUCGUCCUCCUGCACUGCAGGGUGUUUAGGCGCCCUGCCCCGAGUGCCGACGACGACGCCUGGUCGAAGGAGUGCUGCUGGGACAGCGCACGGCAGGUCCUUGCCCUGCAUGCCGACUUUGCCCGUUUGCCUGCCUUCAAGCCUCACAGGUGGUAUAUCCGCGGCCGGGGCGCGUUCCACGCCUUCCACGCGGCUGUCGUGCUGGUCCUGCUGGUGUCUGCGGACAAGCGCGGCUCGCCGAGCGCAGAGGUGAUGCAGGCACUUGGGAAUUGUUUACAGUGUUUGGAGUCGUUUGGGACGCAGAGCCAAAUCUGUGCCCGGUCCGCAAGUAUUCUAGGCCACCUGCUAACAAAGGUUACAAACUCGACCUCGCCAUCGCAGUCGCAGGGUGGUAAUGUCGAGGCUGGAGUGCAGACGUCAAGCGCAGGACUUGUGCCCGUGGAUGAUGCGAGCUCAUCAGGCGCGCAGGUUCGCCAACAGCCCGAGAGGCACGGCGGAGGGGGGCUCAGCAUGGACGGAGUUGAUUUGAACAACUUGCUUGGCAACUUUGCGCCUGGCCAAUGGCUUGAUGCUGAUUAUAUUGAUUGGCAACAGCUGGACAUGUUUAUGCCGUGGUCUGAUACCGUGUAG